GGGAAUUUGCACAGAGGUGGGCGAACACGCGACGCCAAACCACUCACAUGGGACAAGUUCUUCGAUGAGAAUCGCCAGGUCGAUGUGGAUGGUGACAGCUUCAAUGUCUACCUUAAGGGCACUACUGGGCCAGUAUUUUACUUUCUCCAUGGUGGUGGAUACUCAGCAUUGACGUGGGCAUGUCUUGCGACUAACGGAACCUCCCAGCAUCGCAGUCGCAUCCAGUGCCGACUGUUAGUACCUGAUCUUCGAGGGCAUGGUCUGACCCAUACUCAAGACGAUAAGGAUCUGUCAGCUGAGCGACAGACGAGAGAUAUUAUUGGAAUUUAUAAUGCAGUUUUUGGCGGUGAAUGCGAAGAAGAUCCGCCUCUCCUAACCUUCCUCCGUGGACGCCCGAGCACAUUUGAGUCCGAGGAGAAAGCUGUCACCUGGUGCCUGCAGUCGGGUGCAACUAGGAAUCGAGAGGCAGCCAGAAUCUCAAUGCCAUCACAAAUCAAAAAGACGGAGGACGGAAAGUACACAUGGCGUAUAAAUUUAAUGGAUACAGAACCCUUUUGGGUUGGUUGGUUUCAAGGUUUAUCAGCCAAGUUUCUGUCGUGCACCCCUCCGAAGCUGCUGGUGCUCGCUGGUGUAGAUCGGCUCGAUAAGGAUCUCACGAUAGCCCAAAUGCAAGGCAAAUUUCAAAACACAAUUCUUCCGAAAGUGGGGCACGCCGUGCACGAGGACAGCCCCGACCGGUUGGCGGACGAGUUGGCUCGAUUUGCUCUACGACAUCGCUUCGCUGAAGCUGUGCCAGGAGCACGACCACUCGCCGCACAUCCCAUGAUGGGUAUGGGAAUGAUGAUCUAG